GCGAGUUCUGAAUCGCUUUGAGCCUGUUGCAUGGCAUGGCUGCUGGACCACUUCCAGCUUGCGGCUUCGCCGUGGAUGCCAGCAAGAAAGGCGCCAUCCCCAUCAAGGUGGAGUCCCGGGCCAAGGGCAAGAAGGUGACCAUCAUCUCGGGCGUGCGCGGCAAUGCGCAGUCUUUGGUGUCGGCUUUGAGCAGCCUCCUGGGAACUGGUGGCACCGUUCUGGGAGAAGCAGGGCGACAGAUGGUGCAAGUGCAAGGAAGCCAACAUGAACGAGUGGCUGAUGCCUUGACUCAGCUUGGCUGCCUGCGGGGGGUCGCCAAAGCUGAAGCCAAGCCCAAAAAGGAGGUUGGUGUGGUUUCACGGAACUGCGCCUACGACAAGUUCCUGCGCAAGGACCCGGGGCCCAAGCCCUUGUCGGAGCUGCUUCAGGGCGAGGCUUAUGCCCCCCAGUGUCCCCCCGGCGCCGAGUGUUUCCGCUGGCACGGCUACUGGCCCUACUGUCGUGGGUGCUGCCAACAGAACGAGGACGAUAUCUGGGAAGAUGGCAACCUGAACUACGACCCAUCGCUGGACAAGGAGUAUGGCAGUGCCUCGGGCCGGGCGUGCCUGCUGUUUCCAGCGCGGCCCGGCAGCUGGGCGCAGCUGGACGAGUUGCUGCGGCGCCUGGGGAUGUUGGCGGAGGUGGGCGAGGCUGCGCAGACCUGGGGCCUGAGGUCCGGCCCCAACGCGGUGCCGAACGGCGCCACGUUGGCGGAGUACCGGCGCCGCGCCGUGGCGCCAGGGGCGCGGCUGCUUGAGGCCGAGCCCAAGCGCAAGAAGGAGCCCAAAGAGCCCAAAGAGCCCAGGCCCAGGGAGAGGACACGUGAGUUCAAGCCGCGGCCGGCCCCGGAGCCGGCCAAAGUGGGCUGCUUCCCCUGCAGCGUUUGUGGCCACAAGUUCGGUCUCUACAAGACCUUGAAGCAGCACAUCAAGUUGGCCCACGACGGAGUGGCCAGGCCAAUCAGCCACAACCCCAAGGCGCCCCCAGCCGUGUCCACGCGGCCCGCGCCAGCGCCGUUGGGUCCGGGCAUGCCCGCGCCGGCGCCGCCCGCCCCGCAAAUCGCGGCCUGGCUUGAGCCGAGGUCACCUUGCCCGGUGUGCGGCGUCUCCUUCCGCAUGUCCGAGCUGCAGCGACACGCGCAGAGCUGCGAGGAGGCUCAGGCACCGCUGGUGCCGGAGCCGAAAACGGAGAGGCCUGACACUCGCAGAGAGCGAAGUCCGGAAGGGAAGUGCCCCAUGUGCAGUAAGCUCGUCCGCAACUUGCAGGAGCAUGUGCCGAAAUGCCUGGACUUGCCCUCUCAAGAGGCCAAGCCAGUUCAAAAGCCGGUGGCAAAGCCACCGCCGGCCAAGAAGGUGGCACUUUGUGAGGAUUUCUCGGAGGGCAAGUUUGAGACCUGCCCGAUCUGCCAAGAGUGUGUCAGCAUCCCGCACUUGCAAGGGCACGUGGAGCGGUGCUUGGUGAAUGCGGAUGCUGCGCCAGAGGCGUGGCAGAGCUGUCCGCUGUGCAAGGAGCAGUUCCACCCAGACGCCAUUGAGGCCCACGUGCAAGCGUGCCUGGAUGAAAGCACAACGCCGGAAGGUUCUGAAAGUGAACGCUCGGAUGAGGAGGAGGCUGAGCCUGAGGAUGAGGACGAGGACUACAACGCCCGUGAAGGUGACUUCGUUGGGCAGCCAGUCGACUUGAACGGCUCCCUUUUGGUGGCGGCGCUGGCGGCCUACUCCCCGAAGGGCCCCAGUCAGAUGGACCUGAUGCCAGGGGAUCCGGUGCUGCUGCUGUGGGAGCAGCCACCGGAGGAGGGGGGCUACUGGGCCUGGGGCUGCAAGGUCCGGCAAGAUGGGGGGGAGCACCUGGCCGAGCAGCUGGGAUAUGUCCCUUUGUCCCACCUCAAGCGGAAAGAUUCCGAGCAGUCGCCGGCGCCUGUGAGGAGGAGAUGGGGAGCUGGAGCUCGGGAGGCGCGUGCGGCUUAAGGCCCAAAGGCUUAGGUCGGCGGUGCCCACAGACAGCACAGCGACAGCCAAGCGAGAGGUGCGCAGACAGCCACUGGAACAGGCGCUGCUAGCACAUUUACAGAUGUAUGGAUG